GAGGUAAAAACACAAAAUUUAUAAUGUAAAAUUAUAUUAUAUUUAAUUAAAGUGCAACAGUAUAAUAAUAAUAAUAAUAAUAGAAUCAAUUGACAAGAAUAAUGAGAAAAAAAGACGAUAAUAAAAAAUAAAAGCUUCAAAUUUUUUCUCUUUAUAACAAUAAUUGACAUACCUUAAUAAUUUUUUGUAUUUUCAUUAAAACUAUUAAUCAAUUAAUAAAAAUGCCAUUUAGCUAAUGGUAAUAAUAAUAAUAAAUUAAUUACAAUAGUGAGAAGAAAAAAAAAAUGAGAAAUAAAUGAAAAAAAAUAAAUAAACUACUGUGUAUAAAUAUAACUAAAUAAAUAAAUAAAUAAUUAAUGUACAAUGUAUGUAAACUUGAAUUACAAAAACAAUGUAUUUAUAAUGAUAAUAAUAAUAAUAAUAAUAAUAAUAGUAAUAACGAUAAUAAUAAAUAAAAUAUAAAAAAGUUUGUUUAUACAAAAAAUUUUAGUUUUAUAUUUUAAAUUUAUCUUUUUUACCUCUCUCUCUCAAAAAAAAAAUAUAAAUAUCAACUCACACCUGCGCACAUACUACACUACAGAGACAGAGAGAGAGAGAUUAUUAUUGAUUGGUGUACAUACAUACAUAUUACAUGCAUACAUGGUGCAUAUAUCAACAAGUACAACUAUUUAUUAAAUAUAAAUAUUAACAACAAGCAUUCAUAAUUUUGCUAAGAAACAAAAAAGGUAUAUAAUUUUUAUACAUAUACAAAUAUACAAUAAUGAAUACUUUAAAGUCAAUAAUGUAUUUGGGUAUUCGAGGUUAUCGUAGUAAACAACAUGGUAAAUCAUAUAAAGAAAAUGCAAGUGCAUUUAAAAAUAUUAAAGAAAACGAGUUAUAUUCACAAAAUACAGAUCAAGAUUCAAAUGAUUAUGAUUUUGAUAAUGAUUACGAUAAAGAUGAAGCUGAUUUUACUGGUAUUCACAAAAGUCAUAAACAACUUGAACGAGAAUCAAAAUAUGAAUUGGAAAAAUUAAAAAUGAAAAUGGUUAAAUCAAAAUACUUUGACAAAAAAGAGCCAAGUUUUUUAACUUGGUCAGAGAAAGAACAAAUUCGAUGUCUUCAUGAGCAAGAUGAAAUUGAAUGGUCACCAGAUAGAUUGGCUGAAUGUUUUCCUGCAUUACCACAGACAAUUUUAAAAAUAUUAAAAACAAAGUGGAAACCAAAUAACAUAAAUACAAUAAACAAAUAUGAUAAAAGUGUCAUUGAUAAUUGGGAAAAAUUUAAAAAAGGAGAUCUUGCACUGGACCCAAUGUUGGCACAACACUUAAAUAAAUUUAAAGACAGAAAAAUUGAUUUUGAAGCUUUACAAUCUUUGGCACAUAAAUUUGUUAAAGAUAAACCAGUAUUUCCUCAGCCAAAAAAUAAAUUAUUUAUAUCACUUUUACAAGAUGAUGAUAAUGAUGAUGAUGCUGUUAAAUUAAAAAAAAUAAAAUCAAAUGAUGAUGAUGAUAAUUUAUUAUAUAAAAUAACUGAUGGUAAUGCUAAUAAAAAUAAUGAAACCAUAAUACAACAAAAAAAAAAUAAUAUAAUUACCAAUAAUAAAAUAAAACAAGACCAACAGUAUACGACAUUUGAUGAAUUUUUAGAACAUUCAAUAGAUAAAUUAUCUAAAACCAAUACCAACAACAAUGAUAUAUCAUUAGAAAAUAAAUUAUUAAUUGAAGAAUAUAAAAAAAAAAUUGAUUUAGUUGAUUCAUCAAUAACAUCAACAACAUCAACAACUAUGAUAGACGACAAUAAUGUUGAAUUACCAUGUGAAAAUGAUGAUGAUGAUGAUGAUGAUGACAAUUCAACAUCAAUUGCCAUGUCAAAUUUACAUAUUGAUGAAAAUUCACCGACAACUGGUAUUAUUGAAAGAAAAAUAAUUGAAUCAUCAUCAUCAUCCAGUGAAGAUGAUUAUCCACGUUUUAUUAAAAUACCCAAAGGUAAAGCCAAAGAAGGUGUUACUUUCAGAGUUCAAGAUAAAUAUUAUGAUUGGGAUGGUGAAUUUUUGUACAGAGUACCUGUGUUAAAAUCAUAAUAAUAAAUAUAAUUAAUUUUAAAUUUUAA